GGGGGGGGAUGUUAAAACCUGAGUGCGUUCUUCCCAGUCUCAGCAUCGCUCAGUUUCUGCGGGAGGCUGCAGCUCCAUCACUCCCGCAUCUCCACUGGCACCAAUGACCAGAUCCCAUCAACUCAGUUUGCAGUCAGCCCGUUUCACUCUGAACUGGGAUUUCGUGGUUUGUUUGCAUGGAUAAUAGCAGCCUACCGCACAUUCAUGGAUUUCUCAACCCACAACAAAUUUGACUCAAACCCGGGAUUGGUGUAAAAGAAAAAAAGGAGAAAAGGAGGACUCCAAGUGGUUUCCCCCGGUGCUUUAGGUUCGGGGAAGCUCAAGUUAAGCUCUGCCCUGGACAUGGGACCGUGUGACAGCCGAGAGGGAUCCAGUGCCGGAGGAAGACGAUAUUCCUGAAGGAGGAGUUUUUAUUUUUUUUUAUUUAUUUUUUGUCCAUUUGCUACCGGGGAGGGGGAGCUGUGGGUUUUACGCGCCGGAAUGAUGCGUCCCAGCCGCGGCUUCAUCCUGCUCCUCCUCAACGGGACCGCUUGUUUGGUGGCCUUGAGUCAAGAAGACGACCCCUCCAGCCCCAAGAGCUCCUCGGGCGACUCCUCCAAAACCGUGGGCCUACUGAGCGGGCAGGCCCACCUGUCGCCCCUGAGCCGCUGGAUGCUCCACAGCAAGAGCAGGGCGGCUAACACCACCUCUGUGGAGCUGCCCUACCGCUCCCCGGUCCCUUUCUCCAAGCAGGAGUUUUCUAAACAGGAGUUUUGGGAGAUGCUGGGCAGCGACCUGCUCAAACCCGACGCCUCCAGCUCCCGGGUCAAGCGCCGGCCCAUCGUCAAGACGGGCAAGUUCAAGAAGAUGUUCGGCUGGGGAGACUUCUAUUCCAAUAUCAAGACGGUGAGGCUCAACCUGCUGAUCACCGGCAAGAUCGUGGACCACGGCAACGGCACGUUCAGCGUCUACUUCCGCCACAACUCCACGGGCCAGGGCAACAUCUCCGUCAGCCUGGUUCCACCCGUCAAGGCGGUGGAGUUUGACCUGGAACGCCAGAGCGUGGUCUACCCGAAGGAUUCAAAGAUCUUCAACUGCCGCGUGGACUAUGAGAAGGUGGACCGCAGCAAGCGCACCUCGUUGUGCAACUACGACCCGUCCAAGACCUGCUUUCAGGAGCAGAUCCAGAGCCACGUGUCCUGGAUCUGCUCAAAGCCGUUCAAGGUCAUCUGCAUCUACAUUUCCUUCUACAGUACGGACUACCGCCUGGUCCAGAAGGUCUGCCCGGACUACAACUACCACAACGAGCUGCCCUACCUGCCCUCGGGAUAGACUUUGCAGGGGGUGAGAGAGCAGGGGAAGGGAGAGGAAACGGGGGGGGGCGAGUCGGAGUGACUGCAACGCGUCAGGAGAGAAGCGUGGCUGUGAAUCGCCCUUAAUGCCACCGUGGCAGCAAGACACCUUCAAAUUAAAACCCGCUCUGUAGCCUGACUAAUGUAAGAUGUAUAAACAUAUAUGCAAAACAAAAACGACAGUAUGCAGGUAAUGAGGUGUGUUUGGAAUGCGUAACUGCAGCGUUCAUUAACUGGAGCGGUCCAGUUAAUGAACGCACCUUCUUACCUCCAUCCAGUUUCUAAAUGCCAACUCGUCGCCAGCUCACUGUCUCUUCAUUAAUUCAUCUGUGAGUGUGGUCCGAGUUUCCUUUUAAUCGCCCUUUACUGUAUCGCUCUCUUUUGCAAAGUUACAUGGGGGCAUUUCCAGAGAAAGUGUUUAUUUAAAUGGUGCGACACGAGUCACUGAAGCGUUGUACACCAAUCCAGACUUAUUACAGACAUAUUGCGGCGUUUAGCAUCACACACUGUAAAUGACAAAAACAAAGUCUGUGUUGUUUCACAAAGAGCAGAUGAAUGUAGAGUGUAACCGGCCACACAUUAAGGUUCACAGUAUUUUUAAAGGGCGGCUGUUUUGGGGGUGAACUUUAAGUCAAUCCCAAAACAGGUUUCUCUUACUAGCAGCCCCCCAAAAAUCAAAUCCCCAUGUAUUUUUUGGUCAUGUCUACUGCAUUUCAAUAAAAGUGGGAUGGGAGGAAAGGUGGGGGGGGGAAUGUACAAGGAAAAAGCAAUUCAAAGAUUUCAGGUAAGGGCUUAAGACAGUGCGGGGAAAUAACGAGAUUCUGCAUGCAGAUAAAAUUGGCCCUCCAUACUUAAGAGAGGGGGAGAGAGAGAGCGAGAGAGAGAGGUGGGGGAGUAAGAGAGGGAGAGAUUCAGUGAGCUGUUUUAAUUAAAGUGGAGAAGGAGACUUAGGGUAUGCAGCGCCGUCUAUUGUCCCUUCUGUAUGAAAAAGAUUACAUUUUGUUGCCGUCAGGAUUCCUGAUUUCACGCCUUGAUAACUUUGACUGUUUGAGGCACAUCGCUCCCUCCCGACAAAUACCGUGUUCUCCAAAGUCGGCCCAUUAUCUCGAAUAAAUGAAAAUAUUAUCAUAAUAAUGACAUAUAAUUUAAUCUCCUUUAGAACUAAUUAAGGUUUCAAAGAGAGGGCGAGAUGUGUUUUCCUAGAAAUCAAGUCGGCGAGCGGGAGAAUACGACGAUGUUUCUCGGGCACGGUGGUGGGGUUUUUUUUUUUCCCCGAGUGAAGCCGGCAGCCAAAGCUCGGCCCAGAGUCAACCGCUCUCAUUAAGAUAAAUGGCCACUGGCUGGCCCGCCUGGCGUCGCUCACACAAACAAUACCAGCGAAGUGAAGUGCACGACGGAGCCAUGAAUUAUUGCCCGGCAUUUCCUUGGCGAGGGGGCACAGUUACACUUUUUUUUUUGGUGAACAGUCUCAAGACAGGUGGGAAGAGUUAUUAAAAUGUAGCUUGAUGCAAACGGUGCUGUGAAGUCGGGGGGGGGGGGGUUCAAUCUCGGCUCAGACUGCAAGUCCCAGGUGGACCCAGACAGCGGUGAGCGGUCACCAUGAAGCCACACGGGGGGGGGGGCAUGGGGCCAGAUAUGAUUGCAUCGCCCAGGCUGCUGCGUGUGACAUUCAGGAGCAGGAGUAGUCGUAGGGUUAAAGAACUGUAGAUCUAAUGGCAGCAGUGUGUGAGUCAUGACAGCCAUGAUAACGGCUCCACUCUUGCAUGUGAUCUUUGUGUGCAGUGUCUUGCAAACAAAAGACUUUCCCGAAGAGGCCACCAUCAAUCAGAAGGCAAACGAUGAGCAGAUUCGGAUCCACAGUAAUGCAGUAUUUAGGUGAAAAUAUGCGUAGUGUCCGAUUGGAACAUGCAAUUCAGAUGAAGGUCCCGCGUGCUGGAUGAGAUACAAGCAUGUAGAAUGCACUCCUCCCAGCAUGAACGAACCACUGCCAUCCUCUCCCUGUGUGUGACCCACGGGCUCAGCCUCCACACCCCUACACCCCUCUCUACCUCCCCUAGCCUGGCAUUGAACCCCGCUGCGGUUAGUUCCCCACUGCUGCCCCCCCCCCCCCCCCAC